AUGUCUAACGAUCGUACCUCCCCCAUCUCGGUCCCAAAUGCGGAGAACCGUCCACGUCGUGGUUCCAUCGCCGACAUCUUCUCCAAGCCGAGCAACCCAUCCAACACCCACGCUACAACUCAACAGUCUAACCAGCGUCGGUUGUCAAUUACAACGCUAGGCCUUUCCGGUUCCCCCACCCAGACGUCCGCCUUCGGUGGCAACCGCAACUUCCGUCGAGGUAGCCUAUCCAGCUCAAUGGGCUCCAAUGUUCCAGCCGAAGAUGCCUUCGAGGACGAUCAAGGAACAGGAACUUCGCCCAACUCGCAGUUUGGGAGACGCGUCUCCUUUGGUGCACAGGCCCUGCGUGAUGCUCGUGCAGGAAGCAUAGGCAAUGGCGAAGGCUUUAACUGGUCAGAGGCCCUCCGCUCUCGUGCCGAGCGUGCCCCUUCCAUCGGCGGCCCUGUCUCCCCGCAGGCAGCCCAGCGUUCCGGUCACCAUCAGCGUGCCGCUUCCAUCGCGUCUAUGGAACAGCCUAGCCGAGAAAUGCCCCGUCAGCCUAAGCAGAACAAGCCGGAUUUCUUUCAGGAGAAGAUAUUGAGAGGUGACUUCAUGGACUAG